AUGGCUUCCUCAACGCCCAAAUCACAACACACCCAUAGCAACCGCUCUUCAGAAUGGACAAGCGAAAUGCGCGAUAAGCAAGCACGUGGAAAGAACCCCUACAGCGAAGAAAGCGACGCAAGCGAUGCUGAGCCUAUGCGACUCGGAGGGCGUCACGUCACCGAAUCACAUAUGGAAAAGGAACGAAGAGGAGAAGCCAUGUUCGUUCUUGACAAUCCAGAAGCUCUCAUGGCACACGCACAAGCCAAUGGCGACAGCAUCGCUGGUCAACGCCUCCGCUUCAUGCGUCAAUUAUGCGGCUUUGAUAAUGACAAGUACGACGACGCAUCUACAACUUCAACUCGGAGUGCAAAGCGCCGAAAGAUUUUCUGGGCGAAUGAAUCAAGCUCUUUACCUCGUACAGUCGUCAUUGUCACUGCUCGGUUUAUUCAGCAAGUCCAGAUUGAAGAAAUGUGGAUUGUCUUUACUUCUUUCUAA